CGACGAGUCGCGGAAACUUCCUCGAUAUAAAACGAUCGCGCGCCGCAGACGCAUCAGUUUGUGCCGGCUACCUCAGACACACACACGAAAAUGAAACAAUUGUUGUUAUUGGCCUUCGUCGCUGUUGCGCACGCGCAGUUCCAGAACGGCCGCAUUCUGGAACCCCCCGUACCUUCCCUGUGUGUGCAGAGGACCAUCCAUGAGAGAUAUGCUGACAACAAAGGCUACUUCUUCUCAUGGAGAGAUCCCGCACUCCGCGGUGUGGAGGAGGACUGGCUGAGCGCCAGGAACUACUGCCGCCAGCGCUGCAUGGACCUCGUGUCUCUAGAGACCAGCGACGAGAACGAGUGGGUCAAGGCUCGCAUCGUUCAGGACAAGCAAAAAUACAUCUGGACAUCGGGUCGCCUCUGUGACUUCAAAGGAUGCAACCGUCCAGACUUGCUCCCUAACGAGGUGAACGGCUGGUUCUGGACCGCCGAGCUGCAGAAGUUGGCUCCUACCACCAACCGCCAGCAGAACGACUGGUCCGAAGGCGGCGGCAUCGGCAAACCCCAGCCCGACAACAGAGAGCUCCACCAAGGAGGUGCCGCAGAGCACUGCGUGGCCAUCCUGAACAACUUCUACAACGAUGGCGUGCACUGGCAUGAUGUGGCCUGCCACCACCGCAAGCCCUUCGUCUGCGAAGAGAACGACGCCCUGCUCAAAUACGUGCGCUACACCAACCCCAAUCUCAGAGUUUGAUCCGACCCAAAACACAACCGCCUUGUGCUACAUCACAAAGAACAAUUAGAAGUUAAAAUAGUAGGUAUUAAGUAGUAGCAUGGACUAAAACUUUGAUAUAUAAGAAAUAUUUUUAUUUUAUUACAAAACCGGUUCAUACUAAAAAAACUAGAAACCGAUCUGCAUCUAGCUAGAGGAUAAGCACUAAAAAGAAAAAUACAUGAUUCAUACUUUCGUCAUUUGAAAAUCAUAGAUCUGGUCCUAGCUUUAAAUACCUCAUUACAUAAAUAUUUAUUACAGUAUUUUACAUUAGUCAUGUAACUGAAACAGUCGAAGUUUAUACUUUUAAAUAUUUAUGAUCUGUCAAUAAAGACUGUUUUAAUUUUUA